AUGAAGUAUCCACAACCACAGCAACAACCUGUUGAGAAAAAACCCCAAGCCCGACCCAAGACAUUCAAAUUUGGAACUCUUGUAACUGCUGAAUCGAUUAUUAAAGAACUAGAAGAAAAAGAAAACUUGAAACGAAGAAAGAUUGAAGAUGCAAAA